AUUACAUGUAAACUCUGUAUGAUUUUGUUCCAUGUUUGUUAUCCAUUAGAUGUAGCAGAGACAGUAAUGACUGUGUCUCCACUGAUCUGGCUGACUGAAGGAGAUUCAGUGACUCUAAGCUGUGAGGUUAAACACUCCUCUACAGGCUGGACAUUCAGCUGGUACAAAAAUGUUCUCUACACAGACAGUCAGGGUUCCCUCAGGUCCAGAACAUCACUACUUUCAAACAGCAGCAGAGGAUCUGGAGGCUCCUACACUCUCAGUCCUGUUACUCUGAAUCACACAGGAGUUUAUAUGUGCGCAGCUGAGAGAGGAGUCUUUCACACACAGAACAGCAAAACACAGCUGCUGUGGAUCACUGGUGAAUCUCCUCCAGUGUCUCUGAUCAUCAGUCCGAGCAGAACUCAACACUUUCCUGCUGACUCUCUCUUGCUGAACUGUGAAGACCAGAGUGACUCUACUAGAUGGACAGUGAGGCGAUACACACACAGUGAGACAUCGCUCGAUUGUUCAUCAGUUUCAGGAUCUACAUGUAACAUUGCCUCCCUCUAUACAUCACACACUGGUGUUUAUUGGUGUCAGUCUGCAUCUGGAGGACACAGUAAUCCUGUCAACAUCACAGUGCACAAUGGUGAUGUGAUCCUGGACAGUCCUGUACAUCCCGUGACUGAGGGACAUCUUAUGACUUUGCGCUGUUUAUUUCGCAACAAAAAGAUCCCAGGUUCUGGUGUUGAUUUCUAUAAAGAUGAUUCCAUCCUUCACUCCCAGACUACAGGAGAGAUGACCAUCAGUAGUGUCUCAAUGUCUGAUGAAGGUUUCUACCACUGUAAACACCCAGAGAGAGGAGAGUCACCGAAAAGCUGGGUUUCAGUCAGAGGACGGUCACAUGUAGGAGCUUCAAUGUCAGUGCUCAGACUGAUCAGCAGUCUAGUGACAGUUUCUGUGUAUCUGCUGCUGACCAUCAUUCUGGCAGUGAAAUGUUUCAGAGCUCGAGUUCAGACUGAUGAAGACACCCAGAAUGCUGUUAUUGAGGAGUGAACAAGAAAAAAAUCAGCUUUUAGGAUUGUGAAAUAAUUUUGAUGUCUCACAUUUAAAUACUUACUACCAGAUGUUUUUUCUUCUGAAGUUUUCACACCUCUUCAUGGGGUUAUGAAUUAUAUUAAUGCAGUGUACAUUAAAAUUAACUAGAUAUUAAGAUCACAUCUUUAAUUCAUCUCUACUCUCUAUCUAGUUAUAUUUGUCUUCAUAUAACUGGGUAAAAUAUUUUAUAGAUUAAGUAAACUUAUUAAAAUUUUGUACAGAUGCCAUUGGCAAACAGAAUAUCAUCUAUGUACAUUGUUAACUAACUCUGAUCACUGAGGACAGGUGAGGAGGUUUAUUGUUAGUUUAUCAUUAUAGUUCAUGAUUAAAUGAUCUGACACAAAAAAACAAA